UUGUUCACGAGGAAAAUAAAAAGAAAAGGCUAUCCGUAUUCCUGUCAUACACGCGACAAAUUCUUAUCUUAGCUAUGAAUAAUAUAUAAACCGUCAAUGAUGUAAUUACGAGGAAUCGUACCAUAUUUAAAACAUUGUGUAAAUCGCAACAUGAUUAAAGUAAAAGAUCUCAGAAGAAAGGUGAAUUUGUAAUUGAAACUUGUCAGUGCUGAUUGGUACUCGUGUUAUUGGAUAUAUCUCAGUUAAAGCUUAGCGUGGGGUUUGAGCGCAGGAGAGGGAAUUAAAACAUCAAUUGUGAGCAACUUUAAGGAAGCAACAACUGUGUAAAGAUCUUGGGAAAAAUACCAAAGUUCCUCAGAGAAAUGUGUAUUCAAAUCCGCCAAUAGACGAUUCAUAAUUGGUGGUUAGUGAUAUUUUUUGGGCCUAGUAUUUUGCCUAUCAUCGAACUCCUACAAGUUUUUUCUUCUUCAAAACGUCUCAAGCGGAUGGGUGACAUAUUUGACAAUGUCACCAUGGACACAAGACCAGGCCCCUCUUUGGAAUACACAGUGGUAGCCGUGGGUCUACCUCUGGUCAUCUUCAUCAUCGGACUGGCCGGUAAUGUUUUGGUCAUCACUGUGAUCGUGAGGAGACGGAGCCUUCAGACACCCACUAACUGCUACCUCCUGAGUCUGUGUGUUGCCGACUGUAUACUCCUGCUCUCCUCCAAUCUCCCAACCAUUCCUGAGCCCCUCCUCCCGGCGGAGGAUUGGCCAUAUGGAUCGUUCAUGUGCACGUUGUUAGUUUUUCUUGGCUAUUUGGGGGCAAAUGUUUCAUCACUCUCCAUCGGUGCCUUUACAGUGGAAAGAUAUAUAGGGAUAUGCCAUUCUUUGAAAGCGCAAACUAUCUGCACGGUCAGCCGAGCCAGGAGGAUAUUGUUCGUGUUAUGGACGGUGGCCGUGUUGUAUUGUUCCCCGUGGCUUGCGCUGGCCAAAGUGGUCCCCAGCUAUAGGAAUGGCACCGUGGUACAUAGUUGUACUUAUACCUUAAAAAGGCGGUACUACGGGAUAUACUACGCGUUUGACUUUGUUAUGUUUUACGUUGUUCCAUUAGUCCUCUCCUCGGUGCUUUACGUCUUAAUGAUCAGAUUGCUGUUGAAGGACAUAGCUCCAAGGUCAACGGAACACCGAUGUCUGCAAGGCAGGUCAUCCAGAAGCCGAGGGGUGGCGGCCAGGAUGCAGGUUGUGCGCAUGCUGAUCGUGAUAGUGGUGCUGUUCGGAACCCUCUGGCUCCCUUACCGCAUUGUCGUUGUCUAUAAUUCCUUCCAAGAUAACCUCCUCCAGUUCAAAGAUUCCUGGUUCUGGCUUUUCUGCAGAACAAUGGUCUUCAUCAACAGUGCCAUUAACCCUAUCGUCUACAACAUGUUAUCCGUCAAAUUUCGCCGAGCAUUCCGGGACAUAGUUUGUAAAGCAGAGAAACUUGCAAAACGUGAAGCGUCCACGUCUUUGGAUGUCAAAUCAAGGUACAUAGAUAUUAAGCAGUUGUUUGGGUCCGGUGAUUUAGACAGGUCUGAGAGAGACAUGGGUUUUUUGGGUUCGAUGAUUUAGACAGGUCUGUGAUAGAGAGAGAUCGAGCUUUUGGGUCCGGUGAUUCAGACAGGUAUGAGGUAGAAAGAGAUCGGGUGUUUGGGUCCGAUGAUUUAGACAGGUCUGUGAUAGAGAGAGAUCGAGCUUUUGGGUCCGGUGAUUUAGACAGGUAUGGGAUAGAGAGAGAACGGGUAUUUGGGUCCGAUGAUUUAGAGAGGUAUUGGGAUAGAGGGAGAUUGGGUGUUUUGGGUCUGAUGAUUUAGAGAGGUCUGAGAGAGAGAGAGAGAGAGAGAGAGAGAGAGAGAGAGAGAGAGAGAGAGAGAGAGAGAGAGAGAGAGCUUUUGGGUCCGAUGAUUUAGACAGGUCUGGUAUAGAGAGAGAACGGGUGUUUGUGUCUGAUGAUUUAGACAGGUAUCGGGAUAGAGAGAGAACGGGUGUUUGGGUCCGAUGAUUUAGAGAGGUAUCGGGAUAGAGGGAGAUCGGGUGUUUUGGGUCUGAUGAUUUAGACAGGUCUGGGAUAGAGAGAGAUCGAGCUUUUGGGUCCGAUGAUUUAGACAGGUAUGGGAUAGAGAAAGAGAUUGGGUGUUUUGGAUCCGAUGAUUUAGACAUGUUCCCAGUCCCGAUUUUACGUUAACUCGUCUUGGGAGAAGCUAUGUCACAAUAGGGGACCAAUUAAGAGAAAAGCGUUGUGAUUUAAACCCGGGAUAGGGAACAUAUUGAAAAUGGAUUAAAAGCAAGUAAGUGUUGAUUUCCUUGUGACAGUUGUGUGCAUUACUGUUAAAUGUUUAAAAACAACUUGUCUACUGCGUAAAUCCAAGCACAUCUGAGUUGAAAGGUCGGUCGAUGCAUAAACCGUCACCGACUCCGGCAUUUACACGUUUUCCAGAAUCAAACAUGAAUGCUUGCGAAGAGAAGUCGAUGAAGGUUGUGCCUCUCGACUUCUCUCAAAAGAAUAUGUGAUCUAGAAGGGGAAUACGGGGACUGCAACCCCCCCCCCCUCCUCUUGGUUGAAGCUUUUAAACAAAAAUAGUCAAUGCUGAUCAAUAUAUAGAGCUCACGGCGGGUUAGACCGGGCGACAGGGAAUGCUUUCUCCUCCUAGGCACCUGAUCCAACCUCUGGUGUGUCCAGGAGUCCGUGUUUGCCCUACUCUCUAUUUUGUAUUGCUUAUAGGAGUUAUCUUCACCUUUCAUAUGUUACACGGACCUCUCGGUUGAUACACGGAUCAUUACGGAGGAUUUUCUUCCGGGACAAUCGGGGGUGGGGUGGAAUUAACAUGUUUAACAAAUUAAACAUGUUUAAUUUUUCCCCGGGAUUGGAUUGAACAAGUCGAAUGGCCCCGGACGAAGCCGGAUGCAUAAACGGUUCGGACACAGGGAUAACAGAUUGUCAUGGACUGAUGAUACAGGGUCUCGUCUGUGAAUGUGUGAAAAGGGCUUUAAUUUAUGGGCAGCUAGUUCUCAAGACAUUUUAAAGUUUUUUUCCGUAGAAAUAACAUCACUGUUUUGUAGGACAUCGAGUUACUACUAUAUUAUUAUCUUGUGAUGAAAUCAGCUCUAAUUUUAGACAAAACAGUUGUCAUAUUAUUUUAGCCCAGUAACCCCCCCCCCUCCGGCUCCCACAAUUAUACCCCAUAAUAAAGCGCAAAUACUUGUUACUUUUCUGUAUAAAAGUAUGAAGGGAGAUGUGAUAUAGCCAAUGCAUCCUAGAUAAUGUUACAUAAUCACGUAACUAAACACAAAGGGACAUAACUCUAAAACUAAAUCUUGACUAGAACUAAAAAACAAAAAGAAGAGAAAAUUGUAGACAAUUUCUUUACAGAAAUAAAAUAGUAAGUUUACAUCAUCAUUAUUACAAGUGCCAGUGGAAAAAAAAUGGGUAAAUAUAAAA